UAUGGCACCCCAGAUGGGACCUCAACAUUGAGAAAUAACCAAAGCAAAUCUUUUGUGUGGAAUUAAAACAAUGGAUUCACCCCAAGAAAAUGUGCUCAUCCAUAUCAUACCUGUCAAUGGGAAUACACAGGGCCAGUCUGACCAUCGAGCCGACAAUACAAAUCAUAAUGUCAAUGGAGUUGAUUUGGGCCAGAGCCCUGGGAAUCUGAAGGCUCGGUCUGGACCACAGGCCACAGGAGGUCUAACCAGCUACUCCCUUAUUGACAUGGAUCUGUGUGGAAGUACUGAGCUAGCCUUCCCUCUGACGCCCAACCUUCCUCCAUUGUCUGGUUUAUCUCCAGAGGUUGUAGUCUUACAACUUCAAGGUGACAUCCUUGAUAUUCGUCGGACUCAACAACAUCUCCAAACUCUAAUCCACCAUAAAUUCAAAUGUCUGAGUGAAGAGCAACAACAGAGUGCCAUGGAAUUCAGAAACUCACUGAGCACUCUAACCCACACACUGACAGAGCUCAGUGAGAGUGGAAGACGGGAUGUUACUGGUGCCAUGGACAGGCAGUUUGACUACCAACAAACCCAACUCACUGCCACUCUCCAGUGGCGCUUGCAACAUCAUCACACUGAGGUUCUCAAGGACGUUAAUUCAGUUUUUUCUCCUCUGGUUAACACUGUAGACCACUUGCAGAAAGAGCUUUCUAAUUGUGUUAAAAUGUUGGCUGACGUGUCUGUUGACAUGGCCUCCAUUAGGCACAACUCCUUGCACAGAGCUUCUCUGGUGUCCACUUCUGUUCAGACCACUGAGGGCCAAGCUGGCACCUCAGAACAGCUAAGACAAGGCCAUGCUGCAGCCACCCCUUACAGGAUGCAAUCCACCAUGCAUCCUGGUGUUCAUUUUCAUGGUCCGAUAACUCCCUCACCCUCUACUUCCUCAAUCCCUCCUAGCUCUUUUGUUCAUGGUGAUUUGAGUAGACGUCAUGUGGGGGCGAUGCCCAUUAAAUUGCAAUUUCCCACCUUUGGGAAAAAAGAUGACAGUCCUGAUCCGCUAAUGUAUCUGGAAAGAUGUCGUGACUUUCUUGCCCUCAAUCCCCUGGCUGACGAAGAACUCCUUGCCACAUUGAGGAAUGUGUUGCAUGGUACAGCUCGAGACUGGUGGGAUGUGGCACGUCUCACCACUACCUCCUGGGCUGACUUUGAGGCCAAGUUUUCCUCUGCAUUUCUGUCUGAGGACUACACAGAUGAGCUGGCAGACAGAGUCUUUAAUCGAGUGCAAAGAGAGAAGGAGAGUAUCCGUGACUUUGCAUACGGUUACCACUCCCUGUGCAGAAGGUGGAAACCUGGUAUUGAGGAGGAAGAGGUCAUUAAAUUGAUCUUGAAGAACAUCAACCCACUACUAGCCAGUCAACUCAGAGAAAGAGUCACCACUGUUGAUGGACUGGUUCGCCUGGGACAGCAGUUCGAGAAGGACAGAGAAUGCCAACAGCAAUAUGAACAGAGAAAGAAACAGACACCCAAACCGUUACCCAAGCCAGACCAUCAACAACAGCCACAGUCUCCAGCCAAAACCCCUCCCAUGUUCUGUUGGAGAUGUAGCCAAAAGGGACAUUCUUCAGCUACAUGUCCAAGACCAUAUCAAGUAAACCCUUCCAGAAACCACAAAUCACAACAGGCAAACACACCUAACUCCCUUCGCAGGAACGACCAUCCUACUCUGGGUGCUUUGACCAGAGAUGAAACCCCAAGUGUCACUGCCUACGCCGCCCCAUCGACAUCCCCUUCCUUUCAGUUAAUACCGCACCAAUUGGUGUUACCCCUGUCCAUAGGUCCAUGGACAGGAAGAGCCAUCCUGGACACCGGGUCAUCCUACACACUGCUCAAUGAGAAACUGUGGAAGGAGGUUAAAGGUCUACACUACAACUUGAAGCCGUGGACAGAAGGUCCACUCUAUCUGGCUGAUGGUGAGGCUAAACGACCACUUGGAUGGAGUGAGGUAGAGUUCCACCUGUGUAACCACUCCUAUAUGAUUCCUUCUGUUAUCCUACAAACCAAGAACCUUGCUUUUCCUGUUGUGUUGGGAAUUGAUUUCAUGUACUUCAGUGGUGUCCAGAUUGAUAUCGCACACAAUUGCUACUGGUUUCCAUACAAUCCGAGCAAGAAGCAUUUCUUCCAGUCAGAAGCUACAAAGUUACAUGAUUGGGGUCCAAAUGUGGCAGUCUUCUCUGCCAUUGCUCCGGUACCACUAACCCUCGAUAAUCCUUCUGAUGAUCUCCUUUUACAGGCUGUGAGAAGAGCUCAGCUGGAACAGCCAGAGGAGUUAAGGCUGUUGGAACAGCUGCAGAAUAACGCUGAUGUAUGUACUUCAAAGCUGGGACGUACCGGGCUCCUGAAGCACAAAAUAUUCCUUACACAGGAAAUGCCGAUCAAGCAGAAGCCAUAUCGUUUGUCCCCAGCAAAGCUAAUCAUCCAAAAAGGACUCAUUAAUGAUAUGUUGACACAAAAUAUAAUUGAACGUUCAUCCUCUCCCUGGGCUGCUCCUGUUGUCCUCAUCCCAAAAAAGACCGGUGGUCUUAGAUUUUGUGUGGACUAUAGGAAGACCAACAAGGUUUCCCAGACUGAUGCCUAUCCUCUUCCCACCAUCCAAGAGAUCCUGGAGUCAUUGUCUGGCGCGGUUGUGUUCACUACCCUUGACCUCAAUAGUGGCUAUUGGCAGGUUGAGAUGGACCAGGAAAGCAAGGACAAGACUGCUUUUGUCUGUGCUGAGGGCUUGUUUUCCUUUAAGGUGAUGCCUUUUGGAUUAAAGAAUGCACCUGCCACUUUCCAAAGACUCAUGGAGAUUGCGUUAGGUGAGCUCAAAGGGAAGAUCUGUUUCGUCUACCUGGACGAUAUAAUUAUCUACUCCCAGACCAGAGAACAACAUUUUCAAGAUCUUCAAGCAGUGUUGGACAAGCUAAGGGAAGCUGGUCUGACAUUGAACAUGAAGAAGAGCAACUUCUGCCAAACCUCCCUGAAGUUCCUUGGCCAUAUUGUGUCUUUUGACGGCACUCAUGUGGAUCCCGAAAAGACCAAGGCGGUACAAGAUUUCCCUGUCCCAACCACACUCAAGGCCCUUCAACGGUUCCUUGGGAUGGCUGGAUGGUACCAUCGGUUUGUGUUGAACUUCUCCCAGGUGGCAGAACCCCUCAACGCAUUGAAGCGAAAAGGUGCGAAAUUCCGAUGGACGGCAGAGUGCCAGACCUCUUUUGAAACCCUGAAACGACACCUCGUCACACCUCCCAUUUUGGGUCAUCCCAACUUUGAUUGCCCUUUUGUUGUUUACACUGAUGCAAGUGAUGUUGGACUUGGUGCUGUUCUAGUCCAACAGACUGGACUUGGCAUUGAAGAAGUGCUAGCGUUCGCCAGUCGAACAUUGAAUGGAGCAGAACGGAACUACUCCACAACCGAGCAAGAGUGCCUCGCAGUUGUCUGGGCUUUGGAAAAGUGGAGGUACUACCUGGAGGGAAGACACUUCACUGUGGUCACUGACCAUUCCUCCCUUGUGUGGGUGUUCAAGACCAACAAACCAAGCACCAGACUUAUCAGAUGGGCUCUACGGUUGCAAGAGUUCACCUUUGCAGUAGAAUACAGGAAAGGAAAAUACAACACUGUUCCAGAUUACAUUACAAUUACAUUUAAGUCAUUUAGCAGACGCUCUUAUCCAGAGCAACUUACAAAAUGGUGCAUUCACCUUAUGAUAUCCAGUGGAACAACCACUUUACAAUAG